GCUAUGUUAUGAACCGGCUGCCAAAAUAUCAGUUCCUUGCCCGACUUCCUUUUUUGUGUACUAAAUUUAAGUUUCUGCUGCUGGAUAGAUAAAAUAAAUUGAGUCAGAUUUACGGCACAAGCAUGAAUAGAUGUUCAAAUCCGCGGUUACUGCGCGCGGCGCAGCAGUACAUACGUAAUCUGCACCAGAUGAGGAUUCCCUAUGCCCGUCCCAUGGGCAUGAAUCAGCGUAACUUCACCCUGGAGCCGCUGGGCAACCGGGAGCUCAUCCGCAUCCACGGCGCGGAGGUGGUUCCCUUCCUGCAGGGCCUUGCUACCAACGAUGUGGCCCGGAUUCAGUCGCCCGGAGGUCCUGCCUCCCUGUACGCCCACUUCCUCAACAAAUCCGGCCGCGUGCUAUACGACACGAUCAUGUACCGCACCAACAAUCCGGAGACCAUCCUGGUAGAGUGCGAUCGCGAGGCUUCCUCGGACUUCCGCCGCCACCUGCGCACCUACCGCGUCCGCCGGCGCAUCGAAGUGGACAGCGUGGACGACGAGUACACCACCUGGGUGAUGUUCCAGGACUCGGCGGUGGCUGUGCCCAAUCCGCACCCGGAUUUGUUUGUAACGCCCGAUCCGCGGCUGCCCGCCCUGGGCACUCGCAUCCUGGCGCCCACCGACAUGGACUGGACCAAGCUGACCAAGAGUUUCGCCGAAUUUGGCAUCGCAACAGCCGCCUCGGCGGACAACAACUACCAGUUGCUGCGCUAUAAGCAGGGCGUGGGCGAGGGCAGCUCCGAGCUGGCGCCGGGCAAAUGCUUUCCCCUCGAAGCCAAUGCGGAUUACCUGCACGGCGUGAGCUUCCAGAAGGGCUGCUAUGUGGGCCAGGAGCUGACCGCCCGCAUCCAUCAUUCGGGCGUGAUCCGCAAGCGUUUCAUGCCCAUCCGUUUGACGGCGCCCAUCGAUGCGGGUUCCAGCCAGGACGUCACCUCCGUGGCCGGAGCGAAACUGGGCCGUGUCCUUGGGUCGGCCUACAAUCAUGGCGUGGCCCUGUUGCGCAUCGAGAAGGUUCUCAACGGCCGUCCCGAGCUGAUGAUCGAUGGCGAGCGCUGCUAUGUCGAUCGACCGCAAUGGUGGCCGGAGGAUCUGCCCGGCAAGCGUCGCCAGGCGUUCGCUGAAUGACCCACGAGCUGAUUUGAACCACUAUCUGUUAUUUUAGCAUUGUUAUUAGUGUAGUAAACGUAACCUAGUCAUCGUCAAA